AUGAACUGGGGGCUAGUCAACAUCUGGACAACCUCAGCAAUGAGCUCUACUGUGUUGGUCAGCAGAGAGACAUUGCAGAAUCUUCAGUGCAGCAGUCACAGACAGAUGUCCAUUGCUGUGGAACCUCGCAGAAACUCCAUUCCGCCAACACAGACUCUCACUGCCAAACACCUGCUAGCCUACCUGCCCAUACCAGAGUCAGGGUCCAGACAACACAGAAGUAACAUUAACAAGACAAACACUCAGGGUCCUGUCAAAUCCACUGUUGUGUCCAUGAUGAUCCCAAAAAGACCCUCCUUUAUCUUCAACAAUAUUAACUACGCUAACUGGCCACCACUCCCACCCCUUGAGGAGGCCUCAGCCUCCCAGACCCAGAGGCCCUGCAGUCAGACCUCCCCGACACUAACUCUGGCUCAGUCCCCCCAACAGCAGGCUCUCCUACCAGUUCCUCAGGAAGCGUCUGAAGAAACCCUCGUGCCUCAGCGUGUGCAUCGCAAUAGGCAUUUCAAGCGCUUCAGCUCCAGGUGGCAAUCACGAGGUUCCACUGGCAGUAACAAUAUUCCAGUCCCUAUACUGGAGAAACAAAAUGGUGCAAAGAGUCACAAAAAGCGUUGUAAGCUCUUAGGUGAUGAUCAGUUACUGCAUGCCACUGUCAGCCAUCAACGUCAGCGAUACGUCACCAAGGACGGAAAAUGCAGGGUCAAUCUGGGACCCAUUGUAGAGAAGAGUCGCUUUAUCUCUGAUAUUUUCACCACGUUGGUGGAUCUCAAGUACCGCUGGUUCCUCCUCGUCUUCACUCUAUGCUACAUUCUCACAUGGGUGACCUUUGGUGGGAUAUAUUUUUUUGGGGCCUGGUUGCGUAAUGACAUUAAGCAUGUUAAUGACCCACAAUGGCUGGCUUGCUAUGAAAAUGUGGAUGGAUUCCUGUCAGCCCUUUUGCUAUCACUGGAGAGCCAGAGGACUAUUGGGUAUGGCUCCAGGAUGGUGACUGCUAACUGUCCUGAGGGUGCCAUGCUGCUGAUGAUCCAGUCCAUCCUUGGCUCCAUAAUUGAUGCUCUAAUGGUGGGCUGCAUGUUUGUUAAAAUUUCCAGGCCACAGCAGAGAGCUCAGACUCUGAUCUUCAGCAAACACUGUGUCAUUUGUGAGCGCGACGAGAAGUUGUGUAUGCUAUUCCGUAUCGGUGAUCUCAGGGAGAGUCACAUGGUGGACGCCAAGAUCAGAGCCAAACUUAUCAAGUCCAGGCAGACCAAGGAAGGCGAGUUUAUUCCACUGGAACAAUCAGAAAUCAAUCUGGGUUAUGACACUGGGGGAGACAGGUUGCUAUUGGUAGAACCCCAGACUAUAACCCACGUCAUCAAUGAAAACAGCCCUUUCUGGGAGGUUGGGUCUGAGCGGUUAAAGAGAGAAACCAUAGAAAUCAUUGUCAUCCUGGAGGGAAUUGUCGAAGCAUCAGGUAUGACAUGCCAAGCAAGAACGUCCUACACAGAGGAUGAAAUUCUGUGGGGCCACCGAUUUGAGUCAUGUAUUUCCUUGGAUAAAGGAGCAUUUCGUGUAGAUUACAGUGCGUUUGACAAAACCUUUGAGGUGCAAAUGCCCCUGCUGAGUGCAAAGGACAGAAGCUCAACAAAGGAACAAGCAAUUUCAGACAAUUAUUGCUAGACAAAGUUUUUUUUCCAUUUCGUACAUUACAUAUAUUGAAUGAUGUGAUAUUGCACAAGCUACAUAACUUGAUCCUUAUCAUUCUUCAUCUCAGGAUAGUUGAAGCCUGUGUAUAGUUUGUUGUUUGAAAUGUACAUUGUUUAGCUAAUGCUUUCUGUUUGUGUUUUACUAUUUGUAAAGAUUAAAAUAAAAAUUGGGCUAAACCCAAUUGUAAAAUAGAAACUGUACAAAAAAAUGUGUAGUACAUUGUCAGAACUUAUGUUAAAACGAUUAUGUUGAAACGAUAAACGCUUCCCCUUAAUUCCAAACUGAUGAGCAGUGUUAAAAAUAGGAAGAAGAUGCAUUGAUGAUUUUAAUCAUAUGAUUAUUUGUAUUAUAGAGCCACACAAUAUAUUCAAAUGUUUAUCUUGUGUUUUGUACCAAUAUAUUAUUGAACUGAAUUGACUGCUAUGUGCAAAUGAAUGGCUUUUAUUGGCUGUUAAAGUGCACUUCUUCAUUUAAAAUUAAACAAAUACAUAAACUACCACAAUUCUUAUAAACAUCUUACAAAAAUACAGUUCUCAUACAUAUUUGAGU